AUGCUAGGAAGCACCAUUCUUGCGCUCGCCUUGGCGAGGCCGGAGCCUCCGAUCAAUUCCUAUUUACCGCCCGGAAGAAACGGCCCUGGUGGAGGCGGCGAGGGUGGCGUAUCCAACCAAUAUGGUCCACCGGAUGCUGGAGGCGGCAGACCGGGUGGAGGCAGUGGUUUCGAUGGAGGUAGAAUAAACGGAGGGAAACCAUCCAGCUCAUAUGGUGUUCCCGGAGCUGGGGGUGGAGGCACUAGUGGAGCCGUAGGUGGAGGAGGAUUUGGAGGUGGCGGGGGUGGUGGUCAAGGAGGACCCAGCAGCAACUACGGCGCUCCAGGAGCUGGUGGUGGUGGAUUCGGCAGAAACGGAGGUGCUCCAGGUGGCGGAACAUCCGGGAGACCAAGCUCUGGAUACGGACCACCCGGAAACGGGAGUGGCUUUGGGGGAAACAACGGCGGAAGCAACGGCGCUGGUGGUUUCGGAGGGGGCGGUGGAAACGGUCGUCCAAGCAGCAGCUACGGACCCCCGGGUGGCGGUGCGAACGGAUUCGGAGGAGGAAAUGAAGGCGGGAAUGGGUUCGGCGGAGGUGGCGGAAGUAGAGCACCAGGAAGCAGCUAUGGACCUCCGGGUGGUGGCGGCAAUGGAAUUGCCGGAGGAAAUCGAGGUGGAAAUGGAUUUGGUGGUACUGGCGGUGGUAACGGAAGACCUAGCAGUAGUUAUGGACCACCUGGAGUAGGAGGUGGUAACGGGGGUGGAUUUGGUGGAGGAAACGGUGGAUUCGGAAAUGGCGGCGGUGGUGGAAGACCAAGCGGCUCUUACGGAGCUCCAGGGGGCGGUGGUAAUGGAUUCGGUGGAAACGGAGCUGGUGGUAAUGGAUUUGGGGGAAACGGAAGACCGAGCAGCAGCUAUGGAGCGCCCGGUGCCGGUGGUAAUGGUGGUGGUAAUGGUGGAAACGGAAAUGGGAGACCCAGCAGCAGUUACGGACCACCCGGUGGGGGAGCUGGUGGUGGCGGAAAUGGAUUUAGUGGUAAUGGAGGAUUUGGAGGCGGAUCCCCAUCCAGCAGCUACGGUCCUCCCGCAGCUGGAAACGGAGGCGGCAAUGGAAAUGGAUAUCCGUCCGGUGGUCCAGGUGGGAACGGCAACGGCAACGGCAACGGCAACGGCAACGGCAACGGCAACGGCAACGGCAACGGCAACGGCAACGGUGGAGGAGGAUACGGCGGAGACGAAGAUGGCAGUAAUGAGCCUGCGAAGUACGAGUUCUCGUAUGAAGUAAAAGACGAUCAGACUGGAACCGAGUUUAGUCACACGGAAAACCGAGAUGGCGAUCGAGCUCAAGGAGAGUUUAACGUUUUGCUGCCAGAUGGAAGGAAACAAAUCGUGGAGUACGAAGCCGAUCAAGAGGGCUUCAAACCACAGAUUAGAUACGAGGGAGAAGCCAACGGUGGUGGAUAUGGAUCUGGAGGUCCGGGAGGUGAUGAAGGGUACCCAUCGGGUGGACCUGCCGGUGGUGGAAACGGCGGGUUUGGGGGUAACGGUGGUGGCAACAAUGGUGGCGGCGGAGGAUAUCCCUCUGGCGGACCCGGUGGAAAUGGUUUUGGCGGCAAUGGUGGACAAAGAGGGUCUGGUGGUCAGGGUGGCGGAUAUCCAUCCGGCGGGCCCGGUGGAAACGGAUUUGGCGGCAAUGGAGGUGGGACCGGUGGAAAUGGAUUUGGUGGCAAUGGAGGUGGAGCUGGUGGUCCUAGUGGAAAUGGAUUUGGUGGGAACGGAAGUGGAGCCGGCGGAUAUCCCUCUGGUGGUCCCGGUGGAAACGGUUUCGGAGGCAAUGGUGGUGGAGGCAAUGGUGGUGGAGGCAGUUCCGGUGGGUAUCCCUCGGGUGGCCCAAGUGGAGGUAAUGGUGGAUUCGGCGGAAAUGGCGGAAAUGGCGGAAACGGCGGAUACUCUUCUGGAAGACCCAAUGCCGGUAAUGGAUCUGGAAGAAACGGAGCUGGCAGUAACGGCGGAUAUCCUUCCGGAAGCGGAGGCGAUGCGGAAGCUAAUGGAGGAUAUCAAUAUUAAUAAU